AUGUUAACAAUCGAGAAGCGAUUCUCCUGUGAAACCUGCGGCAAAAUGUUCUUGCUGAGUAAAACUUUGCAGAAACACAAGAAGAUACAUGUUCUGGAUACAAAGUCAAAAGUCCCACCAACAAACCAUGAAUAUCACCCAUGUCACAGAUGUGAUUUAUGUGGGAAGGAACUAGCUCAGAAGAAUUAUCUCAAAAUCCAUCGAAGAACACACACGGGAGAAAAACCAUACAAUUGUGAGAUAUGUGCAAAGAAGUUUGCUCGUCGAGACGCCCUCCGCAUUCAUGAGAGAACGCACAAAAGAGAAAAGCCUUUCUAUUGUGACAUCUGUUCAAAGCAUUUCGCACAAAAAAACUAUUUAAAAAUUCAUAAACGUAUACACACUGGUGAGAAACCCUUUCACUGUGAUGUAUGUAUACAACAGUUUGCUCGUAGUGACACCCUCCUGAGACACAAAAGGACUCAUAAAACAAAUGAAAAACAAGAGCCAAAAGAGAAAGAAAAGCAUAAUGAUUGA